CAAUCCUCUUAUUUAUUUCCUUGGUUGUUUGAUCUUUAGGGGAGAUGAUCUGACCCAAGUAGCAAUAUUCGUCAACAUAUUCUACUUUUUGUCCAUCAAUUUCAAUGGGCCUUAUUUCUGAGUUUGUCAUCAAUUUCGUUUUUGUUAUGUUCAUUUUUAACCCCACUUUGGAGCUUUCAGUAUUUAGAGCUUGGAUCAUCUAUUCGAGUGCCUUUGGAUUUUCUUCAAGCAGAACUAUAUCGUCCGCGAAUCUUAAGUGGUUUAGUUUCCUUCCGUCUAUGUUGAGGCCUAGAUGUUUCCAGUCAAGGUUGCGAAAGACGUUCUCUAGCACUGCUGAAAACAACUUUGGGGACAUUGGGUCUCCCUGCCUGACUCCUCGCUUGAUUCGGAAUUCUUUUCCCAAGGUUUCUAACUGGAUUUUUGCUUUACUGUUUGCAUAUAUAUUUUUAAUAAUGUCUAUAUAUGUUUCAGGUAUACCUUUAACUAUAUUGUUUGUUUGGGUAUUUUUUUGGAAUCGGUAUGACUUGAAAUUAGAAUAAACGAAAAAGACGUCUAUAGAAUUUAGCCUGUGAGAAAAUGUUAUUACCUAUAUUCAAUGUUGCGGAAGUCUCUACUUCGUCAUCGAAGCCUAAAGUCUUGCAAAUUUUAUUUAAACCAUAGUGUAUCCUAAAAUCAUUACGAUAGAGGCAGACUAUAUUUAAAAUACACAUUGAAAAUAGGCGUAGCUUAAAUUGGCGGGAAUUAUUUUGUUCUUAAAAUGUAGGUAUGUACUCGAACGAAUCGCGUUUGCGCGGUGCUAAGCCUGUUUCCCGGGUUAAUACAUCGAUCGUAUCGUUGCAGAAUAAUACCAUAUCAAUUUCGUUCAGUUGACUGCGCCGUCCACACUGCAUUAAGCUUUAGUCAUAAGUUUUAGAGUAUUUAUUUAGUUUAUGUUGCAGUAUUUGUGCAUAAUUCAUUGAUUUAUAAUGUGAAAUCAAUAAAAAAUAGCCGUGUUUUUGAAAAAAAUGAUCAGCAAUGAAAUAUGUUCCGGUGCUUGCAAAACGAACUAUGUUUACCUAUUUCAUAAUAAUGUUCCUAUUAUAUUUGUUUUAUACGAUAAAUUUUUGUGUAGUUGACAAACAGCCCACGCUGAAAACGAUUUUGAAAAGCCACAUAUCAAAGUACAAGAGCGGAGCGUUCCGUUUCGCUUCGUUCCUAGGAUUUGACGUUGAAGACUACAAGUAUACGAGAUUGAGCCGUAACGCUGGGCCCGUAAGGAGGCUCCCAGACGCUCUCAUUAUUGGAGUCAAGAAGUGUGGUACGCGAGCGCUCUUGGAAUUCUUAAGGUUGCAUCCGGACGUCCGAGCUGCGGUCUCCGAAAUCCAUUUCUUCGAUAAAUAUUAUCACAAAGGAUUCGAGUGGUACAGAGAACGGAUGCCCUUAACAUUGGAGGGUCAGAUUACAAUGGAGAAGACUCCGUCAUAUUGGGUGACGAAGUCGGCACCAAAACGGGUUUAUGCCAUGAAUCCUUCAGUGAAACUCUUGGCUGUGGUCCGAGAUCCGGUCACUAGAGCUAUAAGCGAUUACACGCAGUCGGCAAGUAAGCGACCCUCGCUGGCGCCAUUCGAGCAGCUAGCUCUGAGUAACAGGUCAGGUUGCAGCGCAGUGGACCCGACGUGGGCUCCAGUGCGGCUGGGAGUGUACGCCCGACCGCUGCGCCGCUGGUUGCGAAGGUUCCGAAGAGAUAGGCUCCUGCUUGUGAACGGGGAGAGGCUCGUUGCCGAUCCCGCUGCUGAAAUGGCGAAAGUACAGGACUUCCUCGGCCUCAAGCGCGUGAUAACAGAGAAACACUUCUAUUUUAAUUCAGCGAAAGGCUUCCCUUGCCUGCUGAAGUCGGAAAGCAGUUCGAGCCCACACUGCCUGGGCAAAACUAAAGGAAGGAAUCAUCCGCGAAUCGACCCGGCCGCUUUGAAGAGACUCCGCGAGUUUUAUCGACCAUUAAAUGAGAUUUUUUAUCGAUUAUCCGGCAUUAACUUUGGGUGGCCUUGAAUUGUGUGGUUGCUGAUCUCAAUAGCGUUAUCAAGGGUGCAUAGUGAUCUUAAUUUUAGUGGUAGCUGAUAAAUGUGAUUCUGUGUGCGCGUUGCUGAUAGUGGUAAAUGUCGUUAACUUGAUGUGUAUGGUUAAGUUUUGGUUUUAUGUAAUGCGUAUUGUGACUUUGUUUCGGCUAUGAGACAGUUUUGCGUUCCGGUCGGAAAGAUGGGACAGCUACAAUUUACUUCGAGGUCAUAAUUCGAAGUGGAUGGCGGCGGCAUUAACAAUGUGUUUGUCUAUGGGCUCUGAAACCCAACAGCUAAAGGACUAGUUUACUCAAAUACCUAGUGUAAGAAAAUGGAAACUGAAAUGCGCGGUCAGAGAUAUCAUUAUUUAAAACUCUGUUAAAUUGUAGCUUAUUCGAUUUCAAGUUCCUAUUUUUAUUAUUUUCAUUUUCACAAUUUUUACGAUUGUGAGGAAAUAAAUACAUUAGGAUGAUUUUGUUCCUAGAUCAUUUUUAGAAUGCUUUAUGGUAAGAAUUGUAAUAUAGGUAGAUAGAUAAUUUAAGUAUAGGUAUGUCCACAUUUACAAUGUACUAAAUAUCAUUAUGUAUAUCAGUAGUUAUUAAUAUCAAUAGAUUUAGAAUGUGUUGUUUUGUAACGACAUAACAUUAGUUCUUUAGAUCCCUAAGAAAACUGAAUGAGAAUGAAAAGACUUUUAAGUAAUAUCUGAAGAUAGGGAUAGGAUCUGUUGCGUCUAGUAUUUGAUGUUAAUGAAAGUAUGCAAUUUAAUACGUGUGUAUGAUCCCAGGAUCUUCUCUGUGGGUCGCGAUUCCGAUCCGGUGGUAGAACUAAACUUGGGCUAGAAUGUCCUCCCAGGUUGAGCCCCGUAAGUUUGCCUACCAAAUCGGACAUAGUUAGAAUAACAUCUUUGGCUACCGACGAUUUGGUAGGAAAAAAGGGAGAAAAAGGCUUUGAACUGCUAAGCCUCCUCGGAUGCUCGAGUAGCUGUUAGCAAACCUGUCCCCUCCUGACCCUCAAAUUCGUCCAUUCGUUUUGACUAAGCUGCAAGAUCUUUCGACAGACAGCGGCACUCUCAUCGCAAAAAUAAACCUGAGUUCGGCGACUAAGGAACAAUAUAGCAGCGCCUAAAUAUACAAUGGAUGGGAUCCAAGUUCAAUGUUAUCAAAACGACUCGCCUAAUGUAAUUAACGAAAUGAAAAAAUUUAAAUAAAAAACACUCAGACUAAAGUCUCAUCAAUCUAUAGGCUUAUGUAUACAUAUAAUAUAAUUGUAUUCACGUAAUGUACGGUUGUGUUUGUAAACGAUUGACUGAAAUUACAAAGUCCAAUAAAAUAUUUGGAGAAAACUGAAAGUAUCAAUAAAAGGACUGAAGUGUUAUGAAUGUGUUAUAAAUUAAGAAUAAACUUUUCUUCUAUAGCUGGUGGAGGUUGUAUGUUAAAAAUAAACUUGAAUCAUUUUGUAAAUAUUAUAACAAA